CUUGGCUUGGCGAUUUGAAUAAGAAUGAUUCUGAAGAGUCAAAUUUGAGUUAUCCACUAACUGGUUUUGUCAAUUACCAAGACAUGAAUGUAGACCCACAAUCUGACAGCAAACGGGUCCAACAAGGUGGAACGAGGCUUGAAAUUGACCAGCGUGAGAUACAACAAGUAAACAGUUUGACUGAGGUCACAGUGAUCCCUGUGACAAAAGUGACACCCCUCGUUCCUCCAGAGAUCUGUCCAAAUGAUGUUUUAUACAUUUCGGACCUGAUUACAUUCUCUGCCCGAUUUUGUGGAGCCAAUAGCCCAGUCAACAAGACGUUGACAUUUGGUUCUUCCCUGGAGAUGGUGGAGGUGGUGGUGGAACUGAUCACCACCACAAACAAGGGUCGUGGAUUCAUACUACUCUACCAGUUUAAAACUGGCGCAGAACCUGAUCUUCAGGCUGUGAUAAAGCACAGGGACCAAGACAAUAUGAUUCAUUUCCUGGUCAUUGCUGGCAUUGCUAUCUUAUCUACAGUUCUUCUGAUUGCACUCUGUCAUACCUGGAGGAAAAAGGCUCAUUGUAAAGGAAGUCAUUCCCAUUGCUCAAGAAGUCGAGAGAACGGGAUCCAGAAUUCUGCAGUUGAUAUUGGGGAAAUGCAGCUCGUGUCUAACAGGUCAAACCAGGAGGUCUCGUUAGAAAAUGAAAACAACAAUCACAGCAUUGGUCUUGGAGGAAUGGUUGUUGCAGGUAAUUCAAACCGCACUGAAAUGGAAGUGGCCUCCAGUGAGUCAGCAGUGACAGAGACUGGGAGCGAUGAGAUCUUUGUGAUUUCGACUGGUCUCAGCCUGCGCAACUUACACUUCUCCAGCUUUAAAACAAAGGUCCCCAAGAGAAGCCCAACAAGUCCAUCUCUGGCCUGUGAUUGGCUAGCUCCAGAUCUCUUGGUUUCUGAAGGAGAGAAGCCUCGAUUGGUUAGAAGAGGUGAUGGUGGAGGAGCCUCCCCAACCCAGCAGCACGCCUGGAGUGACCAGAACGUCCAUGAUGUUUUGGGGCCAUUGCCACAACUGUCAAGAGAUUGGCGUGACUGGACAAAUACAAGUUCAUUUACAAAACCGGUGGAGAAUUGCUGUACAGGCAACUCACCAAGUGACCGCUACAUUGAGAACAAGCGGAAAGUUGUGUCUGAUAUGCGGUUGGCAACAGAGUUGGAGCAAAUAUAUGAUUCUUCAGGAAGUGCUGCUUCUUAUCCACUUACUCAAUCUGCACACAGCCAUCGUAGGGUCUUCACAGGCACCAACCUGAGAAAAUCCUGGUUUGGAAGUCCCUGCUUUGGCUACCGGUCAAAUGCACAUCACCACAACGUGGGCAUGACCACUAACUGUGAGAACCAUGCAUGCCAGCAGCCAGAUCCACAAUCAGUGCCAUCUAAUCAAGGGCCAAGGUUGUUCACAGAGAGCUGUGUAUCAAACAACAUCAUCAAAAGUCUUAAGACUGACUCAACCAUAAGCAGACGUCUGGCAAAUGAACCAGAUCGAAAAACCUUGGCAAAACCAGUUUUUGUCAUCUCAGAAGCGAGUGAAGAUCGACAACCUCUGGUCCAAGCUCUCCAUCCUGCUGGCCUGUCUGGUAAUCUAGCUCCAUUUGAGGAUGUUAUGCUUGACAAAGUUAAUAAUGCUUCAGAUGUACAGGAACUGAAUCAUCCAAUCAAUUUAAAGUAAUUCUAACUUAGAAUUCUAUCCUAUGGAUAAAUUUUCAAACUUCUCAUAUCAACAUAAAGGAACAUAACUGAUGCCCAAAAAGGGCAAAGCUGUAUCUCGCUGAUGGAGACAACUGUGGCUGAACUACCAGGCCCUUGAAAUGUACCAACUCUUAAAACUAACCAACACAACCACAAAAGUGAUGACCUACAUCAUUGCCUGCAAUGCAUGUCAAAGGUGUACAAUGAAUUACUUGAUGUCAGUGGUAAAGUACUGUGUUAGGUCAAUAAUG